AAAGGGGAGCGAUCCCUCUGGCGGGCGCGGGAGCCGGGAGGGCCGCGCGGGCAGGCGGGGCGGGGCGGGGCGGGCAGGGCCCGGGCAGGCGCGUGUGCGGAGGCCGCGGCCAUGGCGCGGGUGCCGGUGGUGGACGUGCAGAGCGACAACUUCGCGGAGCUGUGGCCCUCCAUGCUGCUGGCGCUGCGCUCCGCCGCCUUCGUGGCCGUGGACACGGAGCUGAGCGGCCUCGGCGCCAGGAAGUCCCUGCUGAGCCCGUGCAUCGAAGAGCGGUACCAGGCCGUCUGCAGUGCGGCCCGGACCCGCUCCGUCCUGUCCCUCGGCGUCGCCUGCUUCAAGCAGCUCCCGGAGCAGCCCGAGCACACCUACCUCUGCCAGAUCUACAACCUGACGCUCCUCUGCACGGAGGAUUACGUGGUGGAGCCCCAGUCGGUGCAGUUCCUGGUGCAGCACGGCUUUGACUUCAACAAGCAGUACUCCCAGGGGAUCCCCUACCACAAGGGCAACGACAAGGGCAACGAAAACCAGAGCCGGAGCGUUCGGACAUUUUUUCUGGAGCUGAUACGAGCCAAGAAGCCCCUCAUCCUCCAUAACGGCCUGAUUGAUCUGGUCUUCCUGUACCAGUGUUUCUAUGCUCACCUCCCAGACAAGCUUAGCACCUUCACUGCUGACCUCUCGGAAAUGUUUCCAGCAGGAAUAUAUGACACCAAAUAUGCUUCAGAGUUUGAGACUCGCUUUGUAGCAUCCUACCUGGAGUAUGCUUACAAGAAGUGCAAGCGAGAGAAUGACAAGCUGAAGGACUCCAGAGGCCAGCACCUCACCAUUGAGUUCUGCAACUACCCUGCCAACAUGUCCCAUUACAUUGACUAUCGGCACUGCUCUCUGGAAGAAAGCAGCCACAAUGUGGGAGGGGAAAAUAAGGUCCCAGUCUGUGAGAAAUUUUCUGCCUAUGGCUGGUGUCCAAAAGGGAUGAAGUGUCCACAUUCUCAUAACAUUGACCUCAUAAUUGAAGAGGACGACAAGCUUUGGGAGGAGAAACGGAAGAAACGGAAACACAAAUGGAAGCGUCGGAAGAACACAGAAGAGCCUGCAAAGACAUCUGAACAGGAAAGCUCAGGGAAAGAAAUGGAGGUAGCUCAGAAUGGAGAGGAGGGACCACCACAAAAGCAGAGCUGCUAUGAGCCUGCAGCUGCUGCAGAGCUGGCAGAGAUCACUCCCAACACUGAGAGCAGACUGCUGGAGAACUCCAUGGACACGGAGCCUGAAGUCAGCUUAGACACCAGUGCACAACAGGAAGAAGAUCUGGAGAGCACAAAAGGAACUGCUGACCAGGUGGCAGUUGCUGCGAGCCCUUCUGCCAAGGGAAAUGUCUCUGAGAGUGACCAAGUGGAGGGGAAGUCUGAGGUUCCCACUGCGGGGGGUUCAGCCAAUCACUCUGACAUCCCUGAGACUGAAGCAGCAUGUGUUGCAGGAAAGGAAAAGGAGACCCAUGGUCCACCUUCACAGGGGGGCACACACCGAGCUGGCUUUGAUGCAUUCAUGACUGGCUAUAUCAUGGCUUAUGUCUGGAUGCUCAAAAAAGGAAAAAACACGGACGCUGGUGCAGAACCCUGGUUGCCAGACUGCCACAAUAAACUGUACCUCAGUGGGAAAUCUGUGCCACUUCAAAUAGUGAAGAGCUUGUUUUCUAAAUCUUCCAAAGCUCACAGCCAGAAGAUGAAGUUGGCCUGGGCCACUGGAUAGAGCUAGAAGACUCCUCCCUGAAUUAUUUUUUUUUUUCACCCUCAAGUUUCGAAGUUCUUUAUUCCAUCAAGAACUGACCAAAAGGGGAGCAGGUUUCUUACUUCUGUUGGUUGUGUUUUUUUUUUUCCUUCUGAUUGAUUAAACUGCUCUCAAUUGAA